UCCAAUAUUUUUCAGCUUCAAUCAAAUCCUAUCCAUAAACUUUUCUUAUCUAAGAGAUGAAGAGACUUAGAGGAGGUGAUCGGGUGGAGAGCAUCGACAUGGCUAACGUUCUCAUGCUUCUGGCUCGGGGUGGGGAAGAGAUGGGCCACUUGACCCGAGACUCGCCGGGUCGGGUUUUCGAGUGCAAGACGUGCAACCGCCAGUUCCCGUCGUUCCAAGCGCUGGGCGGCCACCGGGCGAGCCACAAGAAGCCGAGGCUGAUGGGCGACGGCCAUGGCCAGGCCCAGAGCGCGCUCGCGAAGCCCAGGGUGCACGAAUGCUCCAUCUGUGGGCUGGAGUUCGCCAUUGGCCAGGCCCUGGGGGGCCACAUGAGGCGCCACCGGGCCGCAACCGAGGGUUUCAGACCAGGGCUCGCGGAGAAGGAGCCUGAUGGGAAGAGGAUGCUCUGGCUGGACCUCAACCUGCCGCCAACGGAGCUGCUAGACGACAUGGAGUGCCGGAAAGUAGGGCUUAGUUUCGAGUUUGUUGACAAGACUGCUAUGGUGGUGGAUUGCUUCAAUUAAACUUAAAUCUGCCAUGACCUUUUGGGUUAUUGUUUAGUUUUCUUUCUUUUCUUUCCUUUUUUUUUUUUUGUUCAGUAUAUAGUUCCUUUGAGAUGAGAUACUUUAUUAUUCCCUUAUUUUUUUUCUUUCUCCCUAUCUUUUCCUCUUUUUUUUUUUUUCUUUGAUGUGGAUUGAGAUUCAAGUUACCUAGCUUCUUUCGCGAUGUCAACCAUUGGAGCUGCUUCGAGAUUUUUUACAGGUGGAUAGAAGAAGAGAUUGGAGUAAUUUGAGAAUGAUCCAAUGGUUGACAUCCUAAACGUGAAAGAUACAAUCCAAAUUCUUUGGAUAGUGCAGGCAGCGAUUGUUUGGAACCGUGUAGAUUUAUGAGUGACUUUAGUGGACAUGCCUCUCAUGCUUCUUUAGUUGAGGAAGAAGAUGGGGCUGUGAAUUUUUUGCUAAUUUAAUUGGGUUUGUAAAUUUUGAGUCUGAUUAUGUAGUUACUUCACUCCUGAAUCUUUGAAUUUCUUA